UUGUUAUUCUUCGAGAAUACGGACAAGAUGGCCGAUUAGGUUAAAUCGAGUGUUUUUUUAACGUUCUUAUGUCGAUAAACCGUUGUCAUAUUAAUUUUAAAUUAAAUGUUAAGCGAAAUUACCGAGUGCAUAUCGCCGGCGAUCAAGUGUUCUAUUCGACAAGGGCCACGACCGCCGCGUACCAUUUAUCUGUGCAUCUCAAACCGACACAUUCUGUAAUGUUUACGUUCCAGAAUAAAGUAAAAGUAGGUUGGUAAUGGAAUCAGAUGGUAUUGUUAGGACACCAGGAAGCGCUGCUUACUUCCUCGUAGGUUCAAGUCGCGUACCAUGUGGUCCUGCAGUUUCUGGCCAACUAACUAUACCUGUUGGCCGUCCAGUGUCAAGUCAGGAUAUUUCUGGCCCAAGCCUCAUUGUCCAAAUGACACCAUCUCGCAGUCAAUCUCAAGAUCACCAUGCACGAGCCACUGUGGUUCGCACUGCAAAUCAACCGGUUACAAUGCAUCGGUUUCCACUUCAGCUCAAUCAUGCCAGUGCCAAUCAUAUAUUGUCACCAAACCAACACUUCAAACAAAUACCUGUUUACCAGAGAAACACCAAUUCCAUUCAAAUGGAAUCUAUUCGAAAGAAUGUUUUUGUUUCAACGCCUGUAGCUCAAGCUCAGGUACCCUAUAACCGAGUUGGUGUAACUCCUCAUAUGCUUAUGACGUAUAUGCCUCCUCGUAAUCGAAUGGGUAAUAGUCAACGAACUCGCAUUGUUCCUGUUAGUCGUUCUACAACUGUUUUGAGGCGAGAUAAUUGCCCCAGUGAUGAUGAAUUGCUAGAAGUUACGGAGAACAGACCUGUGUAUGAUGCGAAAAAACCAGCUGAACUAAUAAAAGUGGAGCAUAACUAUUGUUUUGUUCCGAGAUUAUCUCCACCCAAAAGUAACCAAAUAAAUGGAUUGGCUCCAACACAAAGCAUUAAUUCAAGUCCAUCAUGCAUAGUUUCACCUACAACGUCUACACAAAAUGUAUAUAAUAUUACCAAUAAUAAUAAAAUUGUGCAAAAGCCAAUGAUUAUCCCCAACAAUGUGCCAAUAACAUCUACUGAUUCCUUACAAUCAGUAGUUAAGCAUGAACCUCAAAAUCAAGUUGAGAGUGAACUCAGUGCUAGUGAUCAUGAUCUUGAUGGCCAAGGAGAAGAAACAGAUACUGCACCAGAAGCUGUAGCUGAAGGAAAAGACAUAAUAAAAUCUGAAGAACCUGCUGUUACUAGAUGCAUUUGUGAAAUGGAACAUGAUGAUGGUUUUAUGAUAAGCUGUGACAAAUGCUUAGUUUGGCAACAUGUUGAUUGCGUUUUAGAAAGUAGGAAUAAUCUUCCUGAAGAAUAUUUAUGUGAAAAAUGCUCACCCAGGCCUUUCAAUAAAGAAGCUGCUGCAGCUCUACAGCAAAUGAAGUUGGCAAAAAGAAUAUCUAUGUCUGCUACAUCACAUUUACGUCACUCUAGCGAUUCGGAACUUUCAUCUGAACCAGAUCAGAAUAAUGUACAAACUAAGCGAAAAAAAUAUAAAAGUCGCCAAAAAAAUACACAAAAACGUAAAUCUAAUGGAUUACCUCAAUUGAAACAAAGAAGAAAAAAUGGCCCCACACCAAGUACUAGGAAAAAGGGUUCCAUUACACCAGAAAAAAAAGCAAUAGCUGAAGAACGCAAAAAAAUGUUGUUAAAACGAAAAGAAAUGUUAUUAGAAAAAAAGCGAAUGGCAGCUAUAGAUAAGAAGAAAAAGGUUAAUCAAGAUAAAAAGAUAUUACAUAAAAAGAAGGUUAUUGAUUAUUCUUCUGAUGAUGAGCCUAAAAUUUUUAAAACUGAUAGACCUACGAAACAAUAUAAAUCAAAUAUUGAACAACCUGUAGAGCAAUUAAGAAAUUGGAUUGAUAAAUAUGAAGAAGCUGUUACUAAUCAUUAUUCUCAAGAACUGAGAGCUCGACUUUCAUCAAUUAAACCCAAUGGGAGCAUAGCUGUUGGUGAACUUCGUACUCCAGUUAAAAUACCUAUAAGCAGGACAAAAAUUUCACUCUUGCCUAGUGGAAUUAAGAUGUUGGUGAGUAGUUCAGUAUUGACAAAUAAUCAGCCUAUAAUUGAAGUACGGGGAAAAUUCACAUGGACAGGCUCAUUAGCGUAUAAAGAUCCAAUUCCCAACCGAACAGAUCCAUAUGUAUUUUUCUACUUGGUACGAUUUUCAUCUGACUGUGAUAUUGAAGUUUGUGUUGAUUGUCGUACUUAUGGAAAUGAUGCACGUUUUGUGCGUCGUUCGUGUAAACCCAAUGCAGAGUUAAAACAUUAUGUUGAAAAGGGUUCUAUUCAUUUGUACAUUGUGGCUAAUCAAUACAUUGAAAAAAAUAGUGAAAUUACCAUUAAUCAUCAAGUACCAGUUCCUGUGAAACGUUGCCAUUGUGGGGAUCCAUCAACUUGUACAGCUUCUAUGAAUCCUCUACCACCUGCAACUCCACCUUUGUCAGUUGUACCUGAAAGCUCUUCUUCAUCACCUCUUAUUGAUCCUACUGUAAGUCACUCAUCAGAUGAUGAUGAACAAAAGCCCCAAAGAACUAAAAGAACAAGACAACAACAAAGUCUUAAAAAAUCCAAUAAAAAAGUAAUAAAAAGAUCUAUACCUAAAUCUAACCCAACUCCUCCUGCAUUAAAGAAUCGAGAACCCAAUGGUCCUGGCCGACCUAAAAGCCCUCUUAAAAAAAUAGAAACUAGUCCAGAACCAGAUAAUAAGUCAAACAAUGAUAAUAAAAUGGUGAGAAGACUAAGCGAGAUGUCACGUGAAGAAAGAAAAAUGGUGGCUAUUAUGAAAGCAUUUGAACGAAUGGAAAAAAAAGAAGCUAGGAAACAAGAGGCGAGAUCGCAUAAAGACGAUUCUUCUAACAAUUCUCCUCAAAACAUUAAUAGAAAUAGAGUUCGUAAAAGUGUAGUGAAGAGAAAACAAAGACCAUCCAAAAAUAACCGUUCUAAAUCAACUAGAGCAAGUAGGCCUCAGCGUCGAGCAGCAGCUAUUGCAAGUCGUCCUUACAAUAGUUCAUCUGAUGAAGAUGAUAAUAACAACGAUGAUGAUAAUGAAGAUGAUGAACGAAAAGGCCGAUUAAUAUCAAGAAAACGAAUGCAAAAUCGUUGUAAAUUUUCUGUACGUUUCCAACAUAGGCCGACAACACAACCAACUAUUUCACGUUCAAUUUUACGGAGAUCACCUCAUAAUAGUCUUUUAAACACGCCCGUGAAAAUGGAUAGUGAAGAGGCAAGUGGAAGUGAAGGAACUCCUCCUGCACCAUUAUCCAACACAUGCAUGCUAGUUGCAGCAGCAGUCGGACCUCUGGCUCCAGGGUUUAAAUUUCCAAAUACCAAAAAAGAUUUUGUAAACUCUUGGGUAAAAUCUGAAGGAAAUUCUCCUACUGGUAAUGAAGAUUAUAAAGUAGGAGAAUCUGGUUGUGCUAAGAAACGAUGGUUGCAACAAGCUAUCAGUGAACAAGAUACUCAUGAUAAGCAUAAUUCUAUUGGGCUGUGUAAUGGAGACCAACAAGUGGGACCAUUGAAAAAAAGACGAAUGGCUCGAGAAUCAAUGUCCGAAUGUCAAUCUCCUACAGUCCCUGGAUCAGGGCACAUUAGUUUUGCAGAAGAAGAUGUUAUUGAAGAUGAAGAAGUUGAACAAGCUUCUCGUAAUAUUGCUUCAAUUGAUUCUAAACUAGCUAUGUUUGAAAAUAAAAGUUUACCACUCUUGAGCUUACAAAAAACAAAUACUGUUGCCUUGGUUGAGUCAUUUUUGGGUGAAUUCAAACCUGACGAAGAAAGUUGUAGUUCAGAACCUCAGACUCCCGAAAAACAACUUGGAAUUAGAUCUCCUGAAAAAGAAAAGUUUAUUGAAUCUAAAUUUAAGCCAAAAGAUGUCUCAAUUUCGCGAUUUCUAAAAAACCCUAUACAAAUAGAAAAUAAAAUAAUUUCAUUGCAUGAUAUUAAAUUAGAUCAAUUGCAUGGUACUACUACUUUAACAAAUAAUUCUAUUAUUACUACUUCUACUGACUCUAUUAUAUCAAAUAUUGCACCCGUUGAAUCAUGUCACGAAGUUGCUAAUAUUCCAAUUCCACCUGAGAAGUGGGAAAAUGCCCAGGAGAAACAUUCCCCAACACCUCCUCUUCCACCUGUAGAGAAUAAACCUCCACCACCACCACCACCACCACCUCCUGUAAAGCGAAAGCUAUCUCUAUCGGAAUAUAGACGACGAAAAGAAUCCCAAGCAUCUACCACUAAAGAAAAAGAAGCUGAGUCAAGAUCUAGUGAUACAACUAGGCCUUCACCUUCUGUAUCUCCUAAUACUUCACUUGCUGCAUAUGAAGAAAUUACUCAGCAAGUAAUUGCUAAAUCUUUGGAACUAGAAUCAAAAUUGGCACAAAAGUCAACAGGGCCAUCAAUCUUUGAAACUAGUAAAGAAGAACCUAAGCAAUGGGAAAAUUUGAAUGAUAGAUUGCGUAGACAAUUUGGUGUCAAUAUUACGGAAGAUUUACCAAAGAGACAUCCUAGAUUGUCACCGCCUCAUGAUUUUAUCCCACCUUCAAUAGAACCUUCACGAUAUCAAUAUUAUCAACGUUUAGAUAAUGAGCAGCUUUAUCCAUGCUCUAAGGAGGAUGUAAUGUUACCUAAGGCCAAUGUCCACGACAACGGUCCUCCCAAACUUUUUAGUCCUCCAUCACAAGCAUACUAUUCAACAAUGUUCUUUAGACAACCACCACCUCCACCUCCACCACCUCCCCCACCAACGGUAUGAUCAUUCAUAGCAUUUAAUUAUAGAUACAUUAAUACAUUUUCUUAAUUCUUAAUGAAUAAGCUUAUAAAUAGAUUAUUUUUAAAUCAAUCAAAAUUGACUUAUUCGUUUAUUUUUUCAUAAAUAUAAAACACCAUUAUAGUGUUUUUAGUGUAAAUAUUAAAUAGGUUUAUUUUUUCCUUCCAUUAUCUUUUUGUUGAAAUUUCGUUGCUUUCAAUUGAAAGAAUUGAAAUAAAACAGUACAAUUAAGUUAAUUUUAUAAUUA